AUGUGGUGUGCCGUCCGGGCUCGCGCAAAUACGACCCAUCUACCUCCGGCAGGAAGCGCAGGUGGUCCAGUUGCUGGUGCUCAUGUCAGCCCGUAUAAUGCCGCUGCAAGUGUCAACAUGGCAAUAUGGUUAUCAUUCGAAGUGUGGCUGGCAAACACGUUCCGUGCUUUUCGACCACAAUACUUCAUUCCGUCGAUAAUCUUCUCGAUUUUCAUUCAGGUGACGGCGACAUAUGGAAGUCAGUUCGCAACGAUGGAUGAAGCUGGAUCUCUAAUCAAACACCUAGUGGAAACAUUUUUUGCGGGGUUUGGACUAGCAGCAGCAGUCAAUGUGAUUAUUAUUCCGCUCACUUCUCGGAAGAUUGUCAGCAUGCACAUGACGGAGAACUUCAACGCGAUCCAGAGAGCACUGGACGCGCAGCGUGAAUUUACGCAAUCCCUAUCGUUGGGCGACUGGCUUUUUAUGCAUGGUAAGCCAGAUGUCUCUCAGCAGGAGACAACAACAUCAUGGCCAGAAGCAAAAACCCUGAAACAUACAACCAUGGAAGCUACCAUAGCCCUUGGAAAGGUGACAUCGGAAAUGCGCUACGCAAAACGUGAAGUCGGUUGGGGUUACCUCGGGCCAAAAGAACUAGCAAACAUCAAUCACCUCCUGAAGAGGCUAAUGGCCGCAAUGCUGUGGAUGGAGUCGCUUGCCAAAGUUACCAGACGAAUACCUCACUUAUUAAUCCAGGUGGAAAGCAUGUCUCACGAAGAGGAGCAACAGAAGUGGUGUUGGUUAUUCGAACAGAGGCACGGGUCCACUGAACAACUCAUCCAAGCCAUGAAAGAGGGUCUAGACCACUCUGUGCAUAUGCUUCGCCUCAACAAAGCACCGGCGGCAUCUCAAUCGGACAUUGAAGCCAACAGAAAUCACACGAGCACACACUUAGAAGAGAAAAUUGACAGCUUUCUCCGAGAACGACAGAGUCCAUUAGAUACCUGGCUCUCAUGGACAGGCAUACGCCAAUCUCCUGAAAUAUCCAAAGGGGUGAAUACUCGGCAACGUGAACGUUAUCUAUUUCAGCUCUACUUUCUUCUGGAUUUAGAAUCUUCGCUUAUUGCAAUCGCAAGAAGAACCCUAGAUCUGGUCAAAUAUGCGGAUUUGAAGGUGAGCGACGGUACCAUGCACAAAAAAAGACUGGUGCUUCCAUCAUGGAAGCAAAUGAAAAAAUGGUUCUGGGCCUCAUUGUCUAGGGAAGACCGAGAACUGGAUUAUUAUCUGUACAGCAAAAGAUCCGGAACUGCCAGAAUCUACCUGGACGAUGUCCUACAGACGGACACAGAUCCAGAACACCUCCCCCCACAAAGCAAGUGGGAGAUGUUUGGCGAUAAACUCCGAAGAGGCUUUCAUUUCUUUGGGUCGCCUGAGUCGGUGUUUGGCUUCCGAGUAGCAGUCGCUACCAUGACUGUUUCCAUUGUUGCGUUUCUCAGAAACUCGCAGCAUUUCUACAUCGAGCAACGCCUCAUCUGGGGCUCAAUCAUGAUUGCAAUUAGCAUGACUUCGACUCUUGGGUCAGCUAUAUAUGGGCAAUCAAUGCGGCUUCUUGGAACAUUCACUGCAAUGGUGUUGGCAUACAUUGACUGGUUCAUAGUUGACAAACAACCAGCAGGCGUCAUUGUAUUUGUUGGACUCACCAUGUUUCUGUCCCAUUACGUUUUAAUUAGGAUUCCCACUCACCCUGUGCCUCCUAUAGUCCAAAUGGUUACAGUAACGUUAAUUGUGGGCUAUGCACUUCAGGUAAAGAAGGUCGGGGUCAUCUUCUCCGAGUCCAACGGGCAGGUAUAUCACGCUCUGUACGUGCUAUCGCCUUAUCGACUCGCUGCUGUUGUUGGUGGCAUCGGGGUUGCUUUCAUCUUCACAUACUUCCCGGCUGUGACUACAGUCAAAAAUUGCUUCCGGAGAGAUCUUGCGUCUUUCCUGUAUCUUCUCGCUCAUUACUACAGCUCUGUGUACACGACAACCUCCAUACUAAUCAAAGGUCAGGCUGGAGAUCGCAGCGACAAGAAGAGCCUCGGGAGAGUCCUUGAAAAAGCUCGCACUCGUGUGCUUUUCAAAGAAAUCGUUCUCCUACAGGCAAUGAAACAGCACACAUGGUUCUUUGACUGGGAACCUACCACCGGGGGAAAUUUCCCAGGGACGCCUACGAUAAAUUGGCCGAGCAUGCGCAAAAGUGGCGUACUUCAACUUUCGGUAACAUUAGUCGAAAUAGCUGCUUCAUUUCAUCUCACCGGCCCGAUACCCUCAGAGCCUUGGGACGAAGACAUCAGAGCGCUCAUAACAUCUUUGGACAUGAAGUCUCAUGAAGUAACAUUUCUUCUCACGACAUUAUCAGGUGCCAUUAAAACGGGUAGUCCACUGCCUCUUUAUCUCAAGGCGCCCAAACUUCGUCUGCCUACCGAGCUCCUCGCUACUGCUGCUCCCGACGCAAGCCUUGUUAGUCCAGAAAAUUUCAACCAACCGUUGUUUUCAGCCAUUGCCUCUAUGGAGAUGACUAUGAUGGCCUUAGAAGAUGAUCUAUCUCAACUUUUAUCCGGAACGAAAAAACUUGUUGGACAGUUGAACUUGUUGACAGACACUGUCCCCAGCGAAGACUUGACUGCUAAUAUGAAUUCAAUCAUGGCGAUGGAAAAAAGAGAUUGA